AUGGGCUCAAAGUCAAAAAGCGCUUCCUCAAAACGAACGCCGGCACUAAAUGAAUCACAGAAUCAUGCCAUUCCAGUCAGCAAACGAUCAAAGACAUCACAAAAUGAAGUCUCCUCAACAAUAUCAUUACAGGAUCAGGAUGCUGGAUCAAUGGAAGCAUUACCUGCAAGCAUGGAUCUGACCACUCAAAUGGAUCGACCACAGAUUGGAACUCAAUAUGAGGAUGACGAGGACGAUAUCAAUGAUAUUGAGAUGCAGGGUGAUGAUCGAGAGAGCAGUGACGGAGACUCUGAUGUGGAGGACGAUGAAGAUCAUGAGCUGAGGGCAAAUACUGCCACAAUAGUCAAGAAGGAAGCACAUACCUCAGAUCGUGUCCAGAAAAUAAUGACGAAUCCAGAGAUUGAGGCUGCAUUCCAUGAGCAGUACAUGACCCAGAUCACGCAGGCCUUUGGCGACGAGCUUAACACAUUACGUGAGACGGACUCGCUGGAAGGACCGCAUCUGGAACUCCUGAUCGACUCUCUUAAUCAAACAGGACACAUUUAUUCAGCGGUAGAAAAGGCCCUCUGGGUUGCGGGAGCACAGUGA